CAGAAUGGUUUCAAGGUUAAAAAGGGGCCGUUAUAGAACAUGGCAACAUACUAGCAGCCAUUAUAAUUUGCUUGCACCACAUAUUCCGCCAAGUCCACUGAUAAUUGGCAGCCACAUCAACCACUGCAAGAACGCAUAACUGAAAACUUGCAUACGGAAAAAAAAAAGAGGCAAGAGGUUCGGGGGAAAACGAGAAACAUAUAAAAACGGUCGGCUAUUUAUCCUUUCUUAGGGUUAUUUUACCCCUUUUUGGAGCCCAAAAGAAUGGCAAUUAUCAGAACGACGGCAAACGUGUUUCUCAGAGGAAUUUCUCAUCAUUUUCCUCUUUCAUUUUCAUCACCACGAUUCAGUGCACUGCCUGGUGUCGCUGGGACCCUCAGCUAUACACGGCGUGGAAUCAGCUUCGGCGGCAUACGAUGCGCCGCCUCGGACUCCAGCGACGGCAGGAAGGUGUCAGCUCGCCUGUCGCAGGUUCAGCAGCUCUUGCAAGAAGCCGAGGAGCGAGCUCUCUUGGCCGACGACCAGCCCACCCCUAAAAUCACCCUCGACCAUGUAACUGUCAGUUUUGCAAGAAGCGGGGGUCCUGGAGGUCAAAAUGUCAACAAAGUGAACACCAAGGUGGAUAUGCGCUUCAAUGUUAAAAAUGCGUAUUGGCUAAGUGACCGAAUAAGGGAGAGGAUUAUACAGAUGGAGAAAAAUCGAAUCAACAAGGAUGGGGAGCUCGUGAUUUCUUCAACAAAAACUAGAACACAGAAGGGUAACAUUGAAGAUGCUUUGGCAAAACUUCAGGCAAUAAUUGAUGCUGCGUCUUAUGUUCCACCACCUCCUUCAGAAGAGCAAAAGAAGAAAAUUGCAAAGAUGGCUGCUAUUGGAGAGCAGAAACGCCUUAAAAGCAAGAAGGUGCUUUCAGAAAAGAAGGCAUUUAGAAGAAGCCGAGACAGCUGGGACUAAUCUACUGCUUUAUUAUAACUAGUGAUCUGAGAUUAUUUAAACAUGAAUUGACUUGAAUGUGAAAGAGCGGGUUGUUCAUUAGUUGAGCAAUGAGAAACUGUGGGCAUUUCCAAGACCACUUUCUAAGACCAGCUUGCAGGAAGAAUGCCAAGAGUGCUAUUUUACAUGGUCUCGUCAAAACUAUAUCAAUUGUUUCCAGAGUAAGCAGUCUCUUGAUGCAAUAAAAAAUAUAAAAAUGAUUAGUCUCUUGAUGUAAGAUGACUGUGCUUUUAUAUGCUUUUGAUACGAUUUAUACAUAUUGUGAAUUUGAUUUAUGACACAUUUAUUCUAGUUA